AUGUCAAGCCUUCUCCCUUUCUCCAACGUUCUCAGAAAUGCACCUCUGAGCUUUGCGCCCAGGCCUAUCUGCUCAAGGGGUCUCCACAGCUCUCCAUUGCCCCUUCGUAAAGCCAAAUCAUCCCAACCCAUCGAAGAAGAAGGCGUCGAAGACGAAGAUAAAUUCGACAACGAUGAUCUAUUCUCAACUUCUUCGACUCCGACGGUAAAAUACCAACUUGACAAAUCGGCUAUCCGACAGUCCAACGUAUCUACCAUCUUAAAACACUCCAAAUUACCUUCAAAGGAGAAGAAGAGAGAUAAAAUAUCGAUCCAAGCUCUGAGGCAGGUCGUGGCGUGUAGUGAGUCUGAUGAAGCGGCGGAACUGAAACAUGUUGUCAGGGCUUGGAGAGUAGGUGGGUUGAAGGUUAGCAAAACAACGGCGAGGGAGAUUGUCGGUCGAUUGUGUAAUCUUGGUAAACCAGAGUUAGCUUCUGAGCUUGUCUCAAAUAGAAUACAUUACGGUCUACCAGACCUGGACCAACCCACACUCCUCAAGCUUCAUCACUCCCUCCUAUCCUCUUCCCUUCCUCCUCCUAACCUCCCUCCUACUCAACCCGUAUCCCCCACUCUUGCCCUUCUCCGUCUCAGUCUCGCCUCUCAAACCGAGGGCACCAGCCCCGAACAGAUAACCUCCAGUCUCGCCUCAUCGCCCAAGGGUAGGACGUGGAAACCCACCAAAGCUAUUGAAGAAUGGACGAACGAGGCCAAGCAGAGAUUGAAUGCUGUGGGUGGAGUUUGGGCGGAACAGGCAAGGAAGAUAGAAAUCAGCUAA